UCUUCCAGAUCUGCCGAGCUCCCCUUGCUCUCCUCGGUCCAGAUCGCCGUGCUCUGCUCCUCCCUCCCUCCCCUCUGGCAAGAUCCCCACGCUCCUCACUCCCUCUCUUCCCUCCGGCGGCCUCCCUCUCCUCGAUCCGCAACCAAUCAAACCGCAACAAAUCCCCCACCCCACCCUUCCUCCCUCUCACUCGCGUAGGUGCAGGCGCAGGGCAAAAUGCCCAAUCCAAGGCGGCACCAUCCUCGUGCACGCUCGCGGUGGCCAUGACGGCGCAGGCGCUCGCGCCGCCGCUGCCGGAGCCGCGGCAGCUCAGCCUGGCGGACCUCAGGGCCAUCUCCGUGCUCGGCCGCAGCGCCAAGGGCGUCGUCUUCCACGUCGUGCCCGAGGGCGAGGGCGGCGCCGGUGACGUCGCCAUGGCACUCAAGGCGGUCUCGCAGGAGGCCGCGCGGCACAAGAAGAGCGGCGGGAGCGGCGGCGGGGACGGACACUGGAGGAUCUGGUUCGAGCGCGACGUGCUCCUGGCCCUGCGCCACCCGCUGCUCCCUGCCCUCCGCGGCGUCCUCGCCAUUGACGCUGUCGUCGGCUUCGCCAUCGACCGCUGCAGCGGCGGUGACCUCAACUCCCUCCGACGCCGCCAGACCGAGAAGAUGUUCUCCAACUCCGUCAUAAGCGGCUAUUGAUUGGUCACCACCAAGCUCAGGUCCAUGGAGCUCCAACGUCAAGGGCACAAAGCAGCAGCAACAAAGAUAGAGGCCAAGGCAUUCAUCCAGGAGGUGUGCAGUCCGCUCGGCAUCAACCUUAUUAUACACUUGUGAACAUUAUUAGAAUGAGACUCGAAGGAGACCAUACGCAAGGCAUCUCCUCUUUGGUUGUGAGAGUGUCCAGGGGUCAUGGGUGCGGCUAAUGCCUAUGUAUGUGGCCGCACUUGACACUGCCCUUUCUUUAAGGGCACAUAUCAUUUUUUAUAACUCUGCUAUCUUUUCCCAAGUCUUUAUUAUCUUGCCUAGCCUUGUACUGAUAUGUAUUGUUUGAUGCUAAUUACCCAAGUUAGUGCAUGAUGUUAAGGAUAACCUGAGAACACUUGCCUAAGUUUAUAAGAUAUGACAUGUGACAGUUCAACCUGCUUUGCUGCUCUUUUAAUGCUUUUGCUGCUGUAAUGUGCUUCUCUAGUUGUUUGAAUGCUUCUGCUGCUAGCCUGCUAGCCUGCUACUAGCUUGAAUAGGUGUGCACUUGUGCUGGUGGUGGUGCUGCUUGUGUUGUUGCUGCUAAUUUAAUGCUUAUACUCACGUCGCUGUUGAUUAAAUUCUUAUGUUGUUGUUGCAUGCUUAUGCUACUGAUUCAAUGCUUUAGAAAUUAAUUGAAUUGAACCUGUUGUAAUCCUUCCUGUUAUACUCGUAUUUAAUUUUUGGGUUUCUAUUUGAUAUUUUAGUCUGUUAUAUACGGUUCAUCUUCAAUUUCUUUUGUAACCUGCUUGGAGCUUAGAAUACACAGCCCAACUAGUCUCAUAUACAACUAAGACCAAUGAUUCAUGCUCAAUUUUGUAUAUGUAUGACCAGUAAAGUUGGAAGGCCCAAAUCUUAAUGUUAAUAUGCUCUAUUCUGUACCAUAUUCAUGCUCAUACAUCACCAGUUACUGCUUUUUUUGCUUGGUCUAUUUUGGCUCAUAACCUAAGUAUACCAAAACUGACUAAAUGAUUUCUCCAACUUGCCAAAAUUGUCAUAAUUGUCUCCUGCCUUGUGAUGUUAGUCUCUGUGCACUUACUAGUAUUGUUAGUAGAAUGGAUGGUCGUGGUAGUAGAAUAGGAAUUUUCUUUAGGUUAGUGCUAUAGUGAUGUUCAUUUCAUUACCUAAACUUUGUACCAAUGUACCAUGCAGGUAUGUAUAGAUUAUUAUUGUGGAACAACAUCAGGUUAAUCUAUUGCAUUCAAGUUGUUGGAAGCUUUGUUAUGCCAUGCUUAGUGUUUACUGAAUUGGGGCAUUUGGGCAUGUAUGUAUAAAUUUUAGCCUCUUGAAAGAAUAUUAUUUACUUCCAGUGUAUUUCACUAAUAACUUAUCUAGAUCAGGAUCUAAUGUUGUCGAGGUUGUUGCUGCUGUGACAGAAGAUCAGAAGAAGGUUGGAGAUGCACGCCGUAGUUUUAGUUGAUGUUGCCACCAAGUUUUGGUGCUUGUGUAUCUGUUUUUGAUUGUAUGUGCACUUGUUGGACGUGCAAACGUGUAUGUGCUCUUGUUAGUAUUUUACUAGAUGAUUUCUGGAUUUAAUCAGUUAAUUGAGAGAUUUAUUGAUUUUUUGCU